AUCUAUUCAACAAAGUUGUGAUCGAAGAAAUUAACUAUUUUUAUUAAAAUAUCACAUAAAACUGUGCAUAAUAGUGUAUUGUUGCAGUGGAGUGACCAUUUGAAAGUAAUUUAUGGAUACCAAGGCCGAUAAAACGUGUAUAAACAACCUCAUUUUCCCAUCAAUGAACGAUAGCUAUGCAAAGACCAGUAUGGGAAUACUGAGAGCGCUAUAAAAGGGCCCAAACACAUAUUCGGAGCGCCCAGAGACGCGGGUUAAUGGUUUUAAGAGGGCAGGUUUGUUUUCCAACAUCAGAUGAAGGAAUGGCUUCAGAUCAACCCGUUAAGAAGAAACAGAGGAUAGAUGGGCCCGAUAUCGACGAUGGAAGUGACAGGUCUGCUGAGGAUAUCCUCACGGAUAUUUACGACUCGGAGACUCCUCCGGCGGAUACGUCAGGGGACUACACAUCGAGGAAUGGAGAAUCACCUGAUAGUGGUACCGUAAGUGAAGACGCUGUCGAUUGUUCCACCAUUCUAAGGCUCCCUAGUGAUGCAAACGUUGACAUUAUCCCCUCCUGUUCUACAAACAUCCCACACUGGACGGUUGCUGAUGACAAACUCCUCACCGAGCUGCGAAUAAUCCAAACUGCCUUAGUUGGUCAGUGCUUGUGUGGUUUUAAUGAGAAUGUUGUCUCACAACUCUUUGAUCGACGGCUGCAUAUAGCAUCAUGGCCACUGACUUGUUCUCUUACAUAUCUAUCUACUAUGCAGCUUAUGUUUGAUAUAUAUUUAAAACAGAACCACACAGGCACUAUUUGCUCCAGAUUGAUGUACACAUGUGAUAUAUUUGUCAGGAACAGGCACGACUGGAUAACAGAGGUUGUGGAACUAUCUGAGCACAAGAGUAAAUUUAUGACGUUUGUCGCUUGCAGGGUAUUAGCUAGUUUUUUAAUUGUUUCAAAAGAUACAGUUGAUGAAAAUUGGUUGCAACAGAUCACAGAGAACAUAUAUUUGUUUGAUAGGAUAAACAGGAUAACUAUUCAGAAGAUUAACUUCAGUUUAGACAUAAUUAAAAGGAUAGUCGAGUGGAAAGAUGUUGAACAGCAUCCUUUAGAGGAGAAUAGUUAUGUAAAUACAACAGGAAGUGUACAAGUUCAGGAAGACAAUCCCUUUAGAAGUAGUAGCAGUAGUAGUUGUAAUGCACAAACACCAAGUAGUUCUAGUUCUCGUAGUGAUAAUUUACAUAGUGCCUUUUCUAAUUUGCAAACGCAUAGUUCACCCUCAACAUCAUCAGGCGAUAAAUCUAGCAGUAAACCUGUACAGUUUAAGCUUAACGAGCCAGUCUUGAAGUUUCCUGCUGAGGCAGCUAGUGGUAUGGAGGAGUCUGUGUCACCAGAACCGCCUCCGUCAAGGAUAGAAAGGGUCAAUGAACAUGGCUGCAUAACUGUAGUAUUAACUGACUCUGAAUCUUUUGACACAUCUCAUAUAAAGUGCUUAACAAUAAAGACUCUAGAGCAUCACUGGCCAAUAUUGGUCAAAAACAUGAAGCUUCUGCUACUAAGGUACCUGAAUUUAUCUAAUGCUGAAAAUUGUAUAUUAACUUUUUUCUCCCUAUGGGAGAACAUAAUUAGUGUGAAGGCGAAUCUCUCAGUAAUAGAUACCAAACCAUUUUAUGCUGAUUUGCAGGGUUUUGUAGACCUAUUAAGGAACACAAUGCUGCCAAGUUUAAUUUACACUCAUUUGCUUAGUUUGUUUAAUGAAGUACUUUGUUAUGGAUCAACAUUGGCCCUGCAAGACAUAUUGCCUGAAGAAAUAUGUUGUCUCGCUCACUCUAUUGUAAGAUAUGUAAAAGACUUCAGGCUUUUAAGUGAGGUCAGAGUGCAGAGUAGCAGAAGUGGCUUUAGCUUCUUGGGCCACAACUGCACAGUACUGAGAGAUUAUACAUUAGCGACAGAAGUUGCUCCAUUAUCGUCUUCCAUUCAGUUGGUAGACCAGAGUUAUGGGGAAGAUGAGAAUGAUGAUUCAUCUCAAUCGAGGAACGAUAUAGACAAGACAAUGUUGCAACAAAUGUCUCUGUUAGUACUGAAGUCUGUAGCUGUUACAGUUAAAGAAAUGCGUUGCGAUUCCUCAGACAGUUCGAUAGAUUCGUCCGAUUAUAAUGCUAUACAGGAUAUGCAGAUUGUAGAAAGAUCUAUUCGUGAUGUUUUGAAAAAGCUUGACGUUUUUAUCCGUAACUGUUUUGAAUUUCAUCCGGAGACACAAUUUACAAAAAUGCUUAUACACUUAUUUAGCGAGCAGGAUGAUUAUUUGAUUGAAUCUAUGGUUUGUACAUUGGAUAUCACUGUGGGUAUAGUGUACAGGAAUUCUAUGUAUCCUGAUUUGAUACCAAUGUUGAAUCCUAUAUUGUCGUUUAUAGAGUUUCUUAAAGUUGUUUCGCAUGAUAGUGACGUUUUGUUGGAUUAUCUUGUCAGUAAUGAGACAUGCUUCCUGUUGUAUUUGCUUCGUUUUUUGAAGUAUGUCAGAAGGAAUUGGUCGAAGUUUCUCGAGACAUGCCAGCAAGCAGACUCUGGUGGUACCAGAGGGUUAGACGAUACAAUGAGGGUGCUCAUAAGGCUACGCUUACAAAUUAGUAGAUUAGUGUCUAGAUCGUUAUUCCCAUAUAACAUAAGCCCUGUAUUGAGGUUGUUAGAAGUUUGCGAGAGUCUCUACGAAGGCAAUGAGUUUAGCUGAAUAGCAAUAUUGCCAUUUAUAACGGUACAAAUUAUUUUUCAAUAAAUUUAUAUUUAUAAUUUUCAAAAUGAUUUUGGCUGAUGAAAUAUUAUUACUAAAGUCUAACCAUUUCAAAAGAUCAAAAGUCUAACCAUUUCAAACUUUUCUUAUUGACUAGAAUAUUUUUGUAGUUACAGUUAUAAAGCAAUUGUAAUAUUUUAUUCUUAUUUCAAGUCUUACAUAUAUCAGAAAUACCUUAUUAAAAAAUAGCAAAACUUUAGUAAAUUUUUGAGAAAAAGCUGCCUUCUAAUUUUUCAUAGAAUACCUGCAAUUAAGAUGAGGUUAGCAGGUAAAUUGAUUUAAUAUGCAAUGAAAAUGAGUUUCUUAAACCGAUCUAGUAACCCUACAAUGCCUCUAAAGUCUAAUACUGUGUGUUUAUAUGUUACUUUAUUAAUAACGUCUCAUGUUCUUUGCGAGAUAAUUGGGUGUACACACACAAAUAUGGUAGCUUCUUGCACCAAGCAAAGCCUUGGUAAGAUAAAAGGACUAUGUGUUUCAUAUAAUUUGAUGAGUACUAUUACCAAAAAGUAUUGCUGAAAUCAGGAUUUAUUUUGUGCAUUUCCACUGAUGUGAUCUAAUUGUUUGAUUUGAGGAAAGCCAAAGCGAAAGCCACUAUUCAUUUGGAAGAUUUUAGGUGGUGUUUUUCAAAAUAACUACAGCUUUAUUACCGUUAUAGUAAAUCAAAUGUGUCUUUUGUUACCUGUAUUGUCGCAAUUACCAGAAUUCAGAGUUGACCAGUCUCCAUUCACCGAAAGCUAUAUAAUGAACAUUCCAAAAUUUGUUAGUUAUAAUUCGUUUAAUAUUAGGUUUUUUAGUAAGCCUACUUAUUUAGACUAAUUAAUUUAUAUUAGAUAUAAUGGUGUAAUAAUUAAAUUACUAUUAACAUAUAAUUGAAGUCUUCCUGUUUAUACUUUACUUUACAUAACAAAUCUUGCACUACUACUACUACAAAAAUAUUUGUUAACCAAACAAAACGAUAAUAGAUAAUGAUCGAAGAGAGAAAAUUUAAUUUUAAAUAGUGAAUAGCUUUUUCCCUAGAAGGUUGGAAAUACCGAAAUAAAAUACAGAUACACUUGAAAUAAUAUUCGAUUUUAUUUGUGUCAACACGUGCGUGUUACGUCGUCUCUCGGGUGGCGUGUUUUUAAUAUACUGCCAUAAGCGUCGUGCAAAAUGUUGUUAGGAGAAUAAAAAAUUGUGCCUUACUACCAAUUUUGAUGGUGCUUAGCCUUUAAUCUAAACUAUAUGAUUAAAGUAACUUUAUGGUUAAGGUCUGAAAUUAACAACUUUUUAUCAUAUCAGCUACUCGUUAAUUUUAAAUACAUAUUGGACAGAAAGAAUAUUCUGGGCACUAGCAGUUCCCCUUGACUUCAUCCGCGUGCAAGCUCCCCCCGCCUUCGUGAGAUUUUAUUUAGCCCCCUCCCUCAUCCAAUAUCACGUGAAAUUUUUCAAAAUGUGGGUUUCUUACGUUAACGCGUUGGAUUGGUAUUAUAAAAAGACCAAUGGA